CAUUUUUGAUCUGGGUUUUUUCACCAACUUAAGGAACUAUCAUCUAUAUAUAUAUAUGGUUUCCGAUUGUCUGUCUUUGGAAGUACAUGAUUCUAUAUUGAUUGUUUUAAACAUGAUUGAUUAAUGCUAUUAUUAAGGUCUUCUUGCCUCUUUCUGGAGUUCAAGGCAAACAAAUCUGUUUCUUUGGUCUACUAACAGUUGAUUCAAAUCCCACGAUGACUCUGAAGAUUCUUUUGGACUAAGGUUUUGGGUUUAUUUCAAUGGAAUCUGAAUCCAGCAUCCACGAUCCUCCACAAAAACAUAAUCCCUCGGAAGGAAAUUCUAAUAAACAGGUCUCUGUCAUUGUUCUUACCGAUCAGCUUGAAGCAGGCUUAUCUAUGGAGACCGAGACAGAAUUGGAAAAGAAAUCACUUGGAGGUGUAACUGAUUUGGAUAAAAAUGAUAGCUCGGGUUCUACUAAAGUAAGUGAUGUGACCGUUAGUCUUCAAAAGAACAGCGGAACUGAAGUGGUCGGGAGUGGUAAGAACAGUUUGUGUGGAACUGAAGUGGUCGAGAGUGGUAAGAACAGUUUGUGUAGAGGCAGUAUUGGCAGUGAUUUAAGCGACGAAAGCACGUGUAGCAGCCUAAGUAGCAGUGUUAAUAAACCUCAUAAAGCGAAUGAUGAAAGAUGGGAAGCCAUUCAGGCUGUUCGAACUAAAGAUGGAUUAUUGGGUUUAAGCCAUUUCAGGUUGUUGAAGAGGUUGGGAUGUGGCGAUAUUGGAAGCGUAUAUCUUUCUGAGUUGAGCGGUACCAAGUGCUAUUUCGCCAUGAAGGUGAUGGAUAAGGCAUCAUUAGCGGGCAGAAAGAAGCUUCUUCGUGCUCAGACGGAAAGAGAGAUAUUACAGUGCUUAGAUCAUCCAUUUCUCCCCACAUUGUAUACGCAUUUUGAAACAGAUAAAUUUUCAUGUCUGGUCAUGGAGUUUUGCCCCGGAGGAGACCUACACUCUCUCAGGCAGAGGCAGCCUGGAAAAUUCUUUUCGGAACUAGCGGUUAAGUUUUAUGUUGCAGAGGUUCUUCUUUCUUUGGAAUACCUCCACAUGCUUGGGAUUAUCUAUCGCGAUCUGAAGCCAGAAAAUGUACUCGUGAGAGAAGAUGGACACAUAAUGCUCUCCGACUUUGAUCUUUCUCUGCGAUGUAGUGUGAGUCCUACGCUUGUCAAGUCUGCAAACGUGGAGAAUGAAUCAUUACGAAAAAACUCUGUUUAUUGCGCCCAACCCGCUUGUAUCGAACCUUCAUGUAUACAGCCGUCUUGCGUAGUGCCAACCAGCUGUUUCACACCUCGAUUCUUUUCUAGUAAAUCAAAAAAAGUAAGGAAACCCACCAAGAACGAAAUCCGGAAUCAAGUCAGCCCUCUUCCAGAGCUUAUGGCAGAACCAACUGGGGCUCGUUCAAUGUCAUUUGUUGGUACCCACGAGUAUCUUGCACCUGAAAUCGUUAAAGGAGAGGGCCAUGGAAGUGCAGUUGAUUGGUGGACAUUUGGGAUAUUCUUGUACGAGCUUUUGUUUGGUAAAACUCCUUUCAAGGGUUCUGGGAAUCGAGCAACGCUGUUCAAUGUUGUCGGUCAGCCACUUAGGUUUCCGGAAACACCUGUUGUCAGUUUUGCUGCCAGAGAUCUCAUAAGGGGGUUGCUGGUCAAGGAACCACAGCAUAGGCUGGCUUACAAACGAGGAGCUACUGAAAUUAAACAGCAUCCUUUCUUCGAAGGUGUGAAUUGGGCCUUGAUUCGUUGUGCAAGCCCACCCGAGAUCCCAAGACCAGUUGAGAUUGAACGGGCUCCAACUUCGACAGCAUCAUCUAGCAAUAAAACUGCCAUGGCAGCAGCUCCUCCGCUAGAGAAAAACGCGGAGAAUUAUUUCGAGGUUGAUUUCUUCUAAAAGAAACCUAAAAUUUGCUAUUUCCAUCUCAUUAUUAUUCUCCUCUUAUGGGAUAAUGUUGAUGAAACCUUGAAUUGGAAAGCUGUUUAUAUUCUUUUCUUGGUUUGACGACGAUGACACGAGGGGUGAAGGAGGACACGAUUUGUUGUGAAGCAGAAAGUUGGUAAUAAUAAUGAAUGCAUGUUUUCAUUGAAGAAUACAUAAAUAGUAAGUUGUUAAUGGACUUAACUUAGCUACUACUAGUAGUUGUAUUUGCUAAUAUUAUUAUUAUUAUUGUUGUCAUUGAAUGAAUAAUUUGCAUCAAAGUAUGUGUCUUUUCAUUGUA